AUGAUGGCCCGUACCAAUAAAGUGAAAAGCAAGGCUGUCAAGUCAGCUUGUCUAGAUUGCAAGAGACAAAAGUUGAAAUGUGACGGCAAUAAGCCCUGCAGCAGAUGCAUUCAAAUGGAAAUACCGAAAACAUGUAAAUAUAUUGCAGAUGGAAGAAAAGACAAAAGAACUUUUGAAAAUGGUUCAAGGAAUUUUGUUUUCAAAGAUCAAGUUUUUCGUCGCAGUGACAGUCUUUCCAAAACCAGAAAAGACAAUCAAAACAAAAUGGUAGCAAGUAACUUGGACGGCGGAGAAUCGAACUCAAGGUUUUUCUCGGAAGAGUUCUGUUCAGAAAGUAAUCAAGUUGGAAAAAACCUCCCCUGCAGAGAUUACGAACUCGAUUUCGAUUUCAAUGACUUCAAUACAGAAGCAGAGGAUAUGAAUAGGUUUUUGGAGUUGUUAGGAGAUGAUUCUCUACUCCAUGAUCAGGAACUUUAUCCUCAUCAUCAGAAUAUCUCGUUUUCAGUAGUUUCAGGAACAAAUUCGACCGAGGUUACCGAACCUGAAAAACUAUUCAGUCAACGAAAUCACUUGAUUGAAAUUCUGUUUGAAAAUGAGAUUCAUGUUCCUCCAGGAAUAUCAAAGCAACAUCUUCUUGAUUUAGAAAAAACCUAUGAUGAUUUGAGGGAGAUAGGAGGCAAUAGUGACCAGAAGUUUUUACUCUGCACUGCGCUUUGUCUUGGUGCACUGACUAUCAGAAAAAGAGAGUUACUAAACCAAUCAACCUUGGAGAAACCUGCCACGAUAUUACAGAACAGCAUUCCCAAGAUAAGCUCAGAUGCAUAUAACUACUACAACAUUGCAAAAGCACUGAUUCUUGACGUACUAUCAUCUCCAACAAUUGAUGGAUUUUGUGGUUUAGCUUUAAUGGCUAAUUUUAUGACUAUGAUGAUUUCCUUAGAGGGUCAACUAUAUCUGACCACAAAUGCACUCCAAAUUGGGAUGGCUUUAGACUUGCAUAGAAGGGAAAAGUGUAAUGAACUGGUUGAAUCGCAUACCAACGGGCUUGGUUUGAUAUUACUAUUCUGGAAUGUUUGGUGUUCUUCUUGCAUGUUAUCGACUUUCCAUGGGAGACAACCUUUGAUUGUGCCAGAGAAUAUCAGUACACCACAACCAUGUGAGCUGCUUCCUGAAAAUAAACUAAAUGAACUUGUCAUGAAUUUCAUGCAAGUACGAAUUCAAUUGGCAGCACUACAAAGCAAGAUUCUUGUGGAAGCAUAUGGCUCUGGUUUUACGGAUGAAGCAUUCACAAAGCUAGAGAAAGAACUUGAGUACAUUUCAGCCCAAGUGGAAAGUAAUAAAAGUUGUCCCACGUUUGAAAAACAUGCAUUCUAUAGAAGUCGACUUUUGAUGUUGGAACUAUCAUGCCUGAGGGCUCAAACAGUUUUACUUCUAUAUCGUCCAAAAUUGACUACUGGAAAGUCCCUCCGGGCUGUCAAUGUGGCAAAGUCAAUAAUCCUCGAUAUAUGGAGUCAAUAUACGAAACAGUAUCCCAGCAACAAAAAAGAAAUGCUGGAACACCUAGAUUGGAAUUUUUGCUAUCCCUUGCGAACUGCGACACUGACGUUGUGGAUCUCGUGUGCUAUCCUCCUUGAAUAUAAACACAUGAUUGAAUUCAUGAGAACCAGUGAUCCAUUUGAAUACAUUCUGGCAUUAGAAGUAUUGGAAGGACUAGUUCAAAUACUUCCAAUUGAGCAACAGCUUUUAGAUCUGCUAAAAUCUCCCAACGAUUCGGUUAUAGGGACGGACGGCUGUACAGGCAAUUUUUGGACGACUAUGUCUGAUCAAAAGCUGCAAAAUAAGUAG